UGUGUUUACAUGAAAUCCCAGCAAAUUCCAACAUGUCUCAGUGGCUUUUUAGCGUUACCGUGUCUUUACUGACAUUUUUGACUUUGGAUCUGCUGGUGACAGAAAUCUCCAGUCUCAAAACACCACAUCAGGACCCAAGCCAGACUAACUGUGAGUAAAGAAAAUUAAAGACAAAGUCCUUUUCCACAUUUCCCAUCAGUAUUCUGUUUCAUGACUUUAAGCUGCCGUCUCAUCGGCAGCUGUGCUGGUACUACACUCCUACGCUUUCCAGUGUUGUGAUACACCAGCAGUAGGGGUCCCCAUUUCACUGAUUUUUUUUCCCCAGGAGAUUUGGAAUAAUCUGUAUAGUCUUUUUCUUGCUUUCUUUUUUGCUAAUACGGGUUACAAGUUGCUAGUUACCGGCAGGCAUAGCAGAGGACAACUAUUUGGGGGCUUUUGUCAAUGUGGCAAAGACGUAAGCGAGCAAGCACACACAUAGCGCUGAAUGAGAUUCAAUUUAUUAACAUCAUUAUUAUUUAUUAGUGAUUAACAUUUGUGCUUGUGUUUCUCAAAGAUGACUUGCAAUUAAAACCCAAGUUGUCAUACUUCCAUGUUACUGAAGACACCAGAGACCAGACCAACAAAGGGGUGAUAAAGUGUGUGUAAAAAGGGUGUUUUUCUGUUUGUCUAUGUCUCUGUAAAAGAGUGUUUGGAAGUGAAGUAUAAGCUAUAGCGUGACUGAACUACAGUGUUGAGUGCAGUGCUAGUUCUGUAAACAACUGACCGUUCUUGGGACCUUUGUAAGUUUAUGAUACCCGUUUGGUGGACGGAGAAAGCCACUGCACAGGUCAGCUUGAAUUAAAACAUCAGAAAACAUGGCGAUUCCUGACUGUGCCCCAGAGAAGCAGAUUGGCCAAUGUGGCACAGGUGGUCUGCAGGCAAAUGGACUGUGGCUCUCUCGUCUCCAUUCAACACAAAAGCAACAAUGACCAUCGACCAGCAUGGGAGGUCCAGUUCUUGUGCCGUGGCUUGGAAUCCACCCUGAUGGAGUGUGACGACCACAUGGGAGCACGCAGGAGAGUGCAGGGAAGAAAUUCAACUUCGGACAUCAUGGAAGUCGUCUGCUCAGACUCGUUGAGGCUUGUGGGCAAUGGCCACCUUUGUUCCGGCGAGGUGGAGGUUAAGACAGAUCAAGGCUGGGCUGCGGUGUGUGAGGAAGGUUUUGACCUUGCAGCUAAAACCCUGGUCUGCAGGGAGCUGGGCUGUGGGCCCCCGUCACCUUUUUAUGGCGCGUUUGGAAAACAAGAGGAAAAACGGCUGCUUUCUCUCAGGAAGUUCCACUGCAAAGGCAAUGAGACUCGCCUCCAGGACUGUGCCAACUCAACGCAUGAGGACUGUAAACCAGCUUCUGCAGUUAGAUGCGAAGUUGAGCAGGCUUUCCAACUGGUGGGAGGAGACAACAGAUGUGCUGGUAUCGUGGAGGGAAAGGAUGCUGGAGAGUGGAGGCCAAUGGCAGAUAAAUGGCGGCAAUGGAGAACAGAACACUUGGCUCAGCUCUGCAUCCAGCUGGACUGUGGAAGUCUUAUUUCAACAGCAUGGCAUUUUCUACCCAGUGGAAUGGCUGUCUGGGAGCUGGACUCCUUCUGCAAUGACCACAGCACAUCCAUUUGUACGUCAUGGGAGCCUGACGGAUCAGACCAUUUGAUGACUGUGAAUUGUUCAGUCAGCGUGCAACUCCUGGCAGGGCGGGGCAGAUGCUCAGGCAAUGUGAUGGUGAGGUCUUCCCAGUCCUGGUGGCCAAUGUGUGGCUCGGUCUUCAGUGCAGAGGAUGCAUUGGUUGUAUGUCGGGAACUUGCUUGUGGGGUUCCCCGGGAUUAUCACAACAGGAUGUCCAGCGGGCAAAAUAUCCAGCAGUGGAGUCCUGCCUUUAAAUGUGAAGGCAGGGAGCAGACACUCCAGGAAUGUCCCUUUCUGUCCUUCAACGCCACCAAAGAGAAUUGUGACAAAGUUUACAUGACCUGCAUAAGUACAGUAAUCACAUUACAAGUCUCUUUCGGAAAGAAAUGGAAAAACCUGAUUCUGUCUUCUUCUUUAACAGAUUAUCCAGUAAAACCAGACGCAAUUGUGCACACUGCACACACUGACGGAAGACAUGUCCUCAAAGGCCAUCGCUUUGCCAUCACCUGCAGGCACAACUCGCCUUACUCUAUACGCUCCUUCCGCCUAAAAACAGGCAUCCACACGGAACACCCCACUGAGUGGACGGAAGCAGCGGCUGAUAAUUCCGCCACCUUCCUUUUCCCGGCUGCCCAGGAGUCCCACAAGGGUGUCUACUAUUGCGACUACAACUAUGAGCUCAGUCCAGCUACUUUCUCUGAACAGAAGGCAAUAUCUCUCACCAUUCAAGAGCCCCAUGACUUGAGGUUGGUGGAGAGAGGGAGUCAGUGUGCUGGCAAUCUUGAGCUAAAACACGACAAAGACUGGAGACCAGUCAGUUACCAGAACAACUGGAGUCUGAAGGAAGCAGCAGUGGUGUGCAGACAGCUCGGGUGCGGUUUGGUUGUUUCAACGACCAAACAGUCAAUAACAUCGGCUCCUAUACCUGUGUGGCGUUUUUAUUCUGAUUGUGAGGGUUCUGAGCUUGCACUGAUGGACUGCGGGACUGUGAGCCACCAGCAUUCCUAUUGGGCUGUUCAAGUUAUCUGCAAUGAUAUCCUGCCUCAGCCGAAUAUUUCCUUCUUCUCUGGCUACACUGGUGACACGCAGCAGGACGUGAAGCUCCUCCAGGGCUACAGCUACACCAUCACAUGCUCUGUGGAGCCACGUUACCAUGAAGGUCACUUCAGCCUGAAUUUCAGUAACUUCAAGCAGACUGUCAGCCGGAGCCUACCAUCUGUCAAGCACUCUGCCCGCUUUGUGUUUCCAACCGCUAACGCGUCACACACCGGAAACUACACUUGUGUUUAUCACAACUUUGUUUUUGGUCAGAAUUUCUCCUCUGUGAGCCGCGGUCUCUCUCUUCGCAUCACAGAUGAUGUAGAUCUAUUUUUGGAUGAUGGAGAGCCGAGACAUAAUGAGAGCGUCUCCUGUGCUGGAAAGUUGUUUGUGCGCCGUGAGGAUGAGAUGAGGAUGCUGAGUGCAGAGUCGUCAUCCUGGGGUCUGAAGCAUGCUUCCGUGGUGUGUCGACAGUUGGGAUGUGGUGCCGCCCUCUCCACCAAUGCCACCAAUCUUCCCUACAAGGAAGCCAUGUGGCGUUUCUUCUCAGACUGCAAUGGAUCCGAGUCUGCUCUGAUGGACUGUGGAAGCGUUGCUCGUUGGUUUUCCUCCUCAGGUGUUGUGGUGGUUUGCUCCAGUCAGUCACGUGGGGUAAACGCUGUAUAGCCUAAGAAGCCCACUGUGCUAGUGAUUCCUUUUAUUGACUCGACACACUCAAGUCACCCAUUCGAGUUGCAUCCGUGUCUUUGUUAAUGUUACGGGUCCCAGGAUAUGGCACCACAGUAGCAAGAUACAGUAGUCUGUAAGGACAGAUAUGGGUGGACAGCAGUGAGGACACGGAGCAGCAACAUCUUCGUCCAGAUUGCGUCUCUUUAUUAAACUUGAUUCAUUUCAAGAAUUACAAUGUACAAUAUGUAUACAAUAUACAAUAGUUGGUCACGAGUGUGUGCAGGAGCCCAAUAACUACCUUCAAUGAAUCUGCCUGUGAGACAAGGCUGAGGGCCAUCUAAACCCAAAAUGGCCGCCAUACGGUAACAACUGUCGUCUAAACUGCAUCUGGCCGUACGUUACUAAUAAGCUUGCUCUAUUUUUAAAAAACAGCUUAACAAUAUCAUAUGAGCUAUCAAAUAUGCUUCCCUUCAACGAAAUGGGAAUUUACAGAGGUUGAAUUCGUUCCUCUUAACAACAACUGACCUGUAAGGACAGAUAUGGGUGGACAGCAGUGAGGACACGGAGCAGCAACAUCUUCGUCCAGAUUGCGUCUGAGCGUAGGCGGAAGUCCACGCCUCAAUGCAAUCUUGGCACAACAGCUCCCGAGACAAAGGUUCCACCUGAGUACUGCCCCCACUGUGUGAUAUUAUUUGUUUUACAUUUUUUUCACCGUAUAAAGUCAUAAAAAAAUAGAUGUGUAUAUUUGCUUUUUUUUUGUGUGUAUGACACAAACCAAUAUUUUAUAUGGAUAUAUAUUUUCGCUUUUUUAAUCAAUCAGUGAAACUCCAGCAUUUGUUGAGUCUGUGAAAAUUGAUUCAACCCAUGAGUCAGCGAUAUUUCAUCUACAUUGAGUAUUUGAGUCAUUAAAAUUCAAGUCUUUGUCUAGUACUCAUGAGUCAGUGAAACUGGUCUUCGAGUACUUGAGUCUGUGAAACUCCAGCCUUAAUCUAGUACCCAUGAGGAAGUGAGACUCGAGUCUUGAUCAAUCUGUGAGUCAGCAAAACUUCAGUCUUCAUGUAGUACCCGUGAGUCAGUGGAACGAGCCUUCGUCAACCUGUUAGUCAGUAAAACAUAAGUCUUUGUCCACCCUUGGUUCAGUGAAAUUUGAGUCUUCAAGUACCAGUGAAUCGGUGAAGCUUCAGUCCAGCUAGCACCCAUGAGUUAGUGAAAUCGAGUUUUCUUUGAGUACUUGUCAGUAAAACCAGAGUCUUCAAGCAGCCGUGAGCCACAUCUGAGCAUUUGGCAACUUGUGAGUCAGUGAAACUUGUGUUCGUCAACCUGUCAAUCGGUGAAACUUGAGUCUGUCUUGCAAACCCAUGAAUUGGUGAAAAUUGGUUCAUUUAGCACCCGAGAUGAAAAUAAAGCCAAAGGUUAAUGGUCUCCAUUUGCCUCGUCAGGCCAAAAAGGGGCAGAAUGAAGAAGUGUUGUUGUUGUAUUUUAUUAUAAUUAUUGUUAUAUUUGAGUACAUUGAUUUAAUUCUAGAAGCUACAAGAAAAACAUCAUGAGAAGAACUCCUUCAAUAAAAAUAUGAAAAUGGUUUGGCCUGUGAAUGACGAGUGACUGGGCCAAGGCGUGUCCCGUGUCAUGCCCAAAGGCAGCUGGGAUAGGCUCCAGCUUCUCUGAGGCAGUUUAAACCUGUCCUGCAGUAGUUCUUUUAUAAAUGCACAUUUGAUUUAUAUGACUUAGCUUACUUUCAUGUAU